CCUAGUUGUUGAUGCCCACCAUCUUGUGUUGUCUUAAUCUGUUGCCAUUGCGUGCCUCUCAUGAAGCCCCAUCGCCCUCGGUCAAUAUGUGGCUCUCAUAAUCCAUUCACGCCCUCUACUGCCUUGUGGCAACACUUCAUCCUUCCGUAUCGACCGUUGCCAUUUCAGCAGCGUUUAUCGUCCUCUGUUGCUUCAAAUCUCCAGCAGGGCGACUCCUCGCUAUCGCCUGCCGAGCCUCCAAUCUCCGGACCACUCUCCUCGCUGAACAGUGGAACCAAGGGUGAGAAGAAGGGCCUCAAUAUCGCCGAUCUAGAGAGCGUUCGAGCCUCGAAAGAAAUAUAUUCGGGAACCGGUGUAAAACUGAUAAUCUCGAAGCCUCGGAGGCAGGUUGUCAACAACCCUAAGCGCGCAUUCGCACACGUGACAGAUUAUGAAGGUGUCGUCGUACCGCCUCUGAAACCUAUCCAGGGUGUCAAGGAGGGCAUUCUGCCAUGGAUUGUCCGCCAUGAAAAUAAUAGCAUGGGCGGGAAGGAGAGGCUAUCGCUUGAAAUUAAAAACUUUCAUGAAUACAUACAACCUACUAGACUCGAAGCGCUUGCCAGGAGGCAGCUGAUACAAAGAGUACGGUCGGAAACAGAACAGGUGCUUCCACACCUAGCACUUGAAGUGUUUGGCUCCGAGCGGACUGGCCUAGCUUUUGCUACGUCGGAUAUCGACCUCCGACUGACGGACAGGGAGAAUCUGAAGGACUCCAUCAAACCUCCCCCGGCUGAGAUACGGCGCCUCCUCCUCCGUGACCUAACACGGCUUCAAAGGCAUAUGAGCAAAAAGGGUUUCUUGCUCUGUCAACUCCGACAUGCGCGAUAUCCCCUCAUUGCAAUGCAAGACCGAGAGUCUGGGCUUGACGUUCAGAUCGUGCUAUCUAAUGACACAUCUCUGUCAAGAUCCUUUAUCCAGAAAUAUACAGAAGAAUAUCCCUAUCUCCCCGAGGUCUAUUCGGUCGUUAAGGCUAUGCUGGAUAUCAGAGGAUUGACAGACGUCUUUAGGGGUGGCUUUGGAGCUUACUCGAUCUUCAUGAUGAUUGUUGCGGCAUUCCUACACAGCGGGCCACCAGGGCAUAAUGCUGGGACAGGGGUUUGUCGCUUCCUCAGGUUCUGGGGCCACUUUGACACAAGCACCAAAGGGAUUUCGAUUGAACCGCCCACACUGUUUAGCAAAGAUACGGAAACAAUCAUGUCGAAGAAAGCAAAAGCAAAGAUAUUGAACCACGAAACUGAGCCACUGCCACCUUUCUUAUUAACUCUUCGAGAUCCUGCUGAUUCCACGAAUGACUUAGGCCGUAAGGGUAUCUGCAUUAAGCACCUGCAAGCAACCUGCAGGGCACUGGCUCACCAACUGCAGCGCGACUGGAAAUCCAACACUAGAAAAAGCCUUUUGUUUAACCUGGUUGGGCCUGUCUACGCUUUGAAUAUCGAUCGCAGGCGAAAGCUAGAGGGUCAAGGGCGAACCUCGUUGAUGGGCGUCCGGAUGAGCCAGAUCGGCGCCGACGCAAAGCAAAUCAGGGAACAGGCGAGCGGUGGUGCUGCGAGAACACCGGAGACGCAAAGCCCCUUAGAAGCUGAAGGACAGGGGUGGGGAGACAUGAUUACGUCGUCUUUUGGUAUGCCGUCUGUGCAAGAUAUGGCCGCAGACGAGGCUCGGGAAAGGAAGGACGGAAGGAAGGAUAGAAUGACGGCACCGACCAGUCCUGAAGACUCAGCAAAGACGUCAGAGCAAGCGAAGUCCACAGAUCCGGAAACCGCUCUAAAGGACUUCAGGGUUGCUGUGUGAUCCCCCGUUUUGUAUGAAUUUUGGAUAUGUAUUAUAUGAUCAGAUAGGGACUGGGAUGCUGGUACCAAAAGAUAUAGAUGAUAUCCAUG